AUGUCUAACCAAUACUUUGAUCUCCGAAGGAUCUACGGAUACUAUAUCGAUACAUACAAUGCGAUAUAUCGGUUGACGACUGAAAAUGAGGAAGAAUUAAACAAGAUUUACCAAAUGAUCGGAACAAAUUUGAUUAAUAAACGGAGAUAUCUCUCAAAAACAAUUAUACGAAACAUUUUAAAUAUUAUUCCUUAUAAAAAUCGCUAUACAAAGUUUUAUUUGGAACUUGCAAAAUGCAUAUAUGAUGAAUAUCAUGUUAAAGAGGUUAAGGGUGUUUCUGCUAUAUCUAACUACCUGUUUUAUAAAGAAUUUCGGAUUCAAUUAGAAACAUCUUAUAUUUUCGAAGAAAUAAAUACAGACAAUCUAGCCAUUCAUACAGAAGAUUCAAUUUACAGAGCAAUUAUGUAUAAUGACCUAAAAAUUUUCAUCGCAUUCACAGAAAAAGAAGGAUUUGAUAUAGAUCAAAGACUUAAUUGCGAUUUAUAUCCAACUACAUCCGUAGGAUAUUCAUUACUUGAAUUAUGUUGUUAUCACGGAGCAGUCGAUUGUUUCAAGUUUUUAUUAACGAAAUUUAAAUCAAGAAUAACUCAAAAAUGUCUUCAAUUAUCAUUUUUAAGCGGAAAGCCGGAUAUUUUGAAUGAAUGUUUGAAAUAUCGAAAACCUGAUAAUGAUUGCAUGAUGUAUGCAAUUAUUUCACACAACAUUGAUUUUGUUACAUUCUUGAUGAAUGAAUUUAAUAUAGAGAUCAAUUUAGAAAUUUGUGGAUUUAGUCAAAAUCUUGAAUCAUUUUUAGUUUAUUUUGAUCAAACUAAUGAUAUUAACAGAUGCUUUGCUUAUUCAGCGAUGUUUUUUAUUCCAUCUCUUUGUGAAUACUUCCUUUCACAUGAUGCAAUAAUCGAGGAAAAAGGUGAAUUUUGUAAAACAAAUCUUUAUUAUGCAGCCGAAAAUAAUAGUAAUAAAAUAGCAGAACUUCUUAAACCCGAUUAUGCAAAUAUUAAGAAAAAAGAUGUUAAUAGGAAAAAUGCUCUUCAUAUUGCAGCAGAAAUUAACAGUAAAGAAAUUACCAAGUUACGUAUUUCAUACGGUGCAAAUAUCAAUGAAAUUGAUGAUUAUGGAGAAACUGCUCUUCAUAUUGCAGCAUUAAAUAAUUCUAAAGAAACAGCCAAACUUCUUCUUUCAUAUCGGGCAAACUUCUUUAAAAAGAUAGAUUUGGAAGAACAGCUUUUCAUUAUGCAGCAUGCAAUAAUAGUAAAGAGAUGGUCAAAAUUUUUAUUUCAUAUGGUGUAA